CUUUCUGUCUUCCCUUUGUGAUCAAUUUAUUGGUCAAUCCUCUUUUUUUCAAGAUUCACAGCUGGUCCUGGUCUCAACAGAUAUAUUAAUCAUUUAAUCUUCUUUUCGUCCUCCUUACCCCUCUCCGAUCGGAAACACUGUUGCCGCCCGUCGCAGACGCGCUCGCUGCUCCCCACGUACCACUCCACGACGGUUUAAGAGUCAGCCCCUCUUUUAACUCGUCGUUAUUUCCGCAAUUUACCGGUGACUCCAGUUGAGCUUCUAGAGAAGUCAAAAAGAAACAAAAUGUCGGACACGGAACAGGGUUGGAAGCCAAGCGGUCGGCCUCAGUCGACCAUGGCACAGGCCUUCUCUGAAGCGCUGGAUAGCGCCUUCUCGCUGGACUCGGAUGUUCCCCAGCUCUCUCAAACUAUAGAUCACAAGAGACAGCAAAUGAUUAUCCAGAACCGAGAGUUGGAAGAGCUCCAGCAGAAGAUCCGCGAGGCUGAAGAGCGUUUGAAGGCGCGACAGUCCGUAGUCAUGGAUGGAAGCAGCUCCAGAAACGGCGUUGCAGGACAGCGGGGAGGCGAAUACCGACCGACUGGUUCAACCUUCUCCAGCUCCCCAUCAGGCGGCGCGGGCCAGUACUUCCGCAGCGACCAGCAGCGGAUGCAUGGCAAGGCGCGUAACUCAUGACUGAAGACUGCAGCCGCAGGCUAGGGUUGUGUUUGA